AGCGAAACAUACAAAUCCAAGCUUACUGAUGUCCCGCUAUCUGAACAGGAAUUAGGCCUAAAGGACUUUAUUCAAAACUUGGAAAUUCCACGUCUGUCUAACGAGGAACAAGUGACGUUUGAACAUGAGUUAACUGUACAAGAAAUUAAAAAUGUGUUGCAUUCCUUUGAGAAAAAUAAAACUCCUGGUGAAGACGGUUUCUCCAAAGAAUUUUAUGAAACUUUCUUUGACCUUUUAAAUCAGAAUCUACUUGAUUCGUAUAAUGAAGCUUUUCAGAAAGGCAGUCUCUCAGUGUCCCAGAGAAGAGGAGUAAUUUCUUUAAUUCCAAAAAAUGACUGCGACCUGUCAGAGCUUACUGGAUGGCGCCCAAUAACAUUGCUUAAUGUUGAUUACAAAAUCCUGGCAAAGUGUAUUGCAAAACGUAUAGAACCUUUACUUCCCAAACUAAUCCAUUCGGACCAAACAGGAUUUAUGAAGGAUAGAUUUAUUGGUCAAAACGUAAGACUUUUGAAUGACCUUAUGGAAUACACGGAUGUGAAGAAGAUCUCAGGAAUUUUUCUUUUUAUCGACUUUGAAAAAGCAUUCGAUUCCAUAGAGUGGAACUUUAUAAAAAAGAAGCUUAGAAUUGUUUAAUUUGGGGCCAUUCUUGACAAGAUGGUUCUCAAUUCUUUACAAUAAUUCCGAGGCAGCAGUGAUGAACGCUGGUUACAUGACUGAUUACUUCACUGUAUCCAGGGGAGUUCGUCAAGGGUGCCCGCUGAGUCCAUUCCUCUUCAUAUUGUCCGUUGAGUUACUUGCCUUGAAAAUUCGAGAAGAACCAAAUUGUAAAGGCAUACGUCUUCCCAAUGUGCGAGAAGCUAAAAUCUCACAAUUUGCCGAUGACACUACUCUGAUAUCUGAAGACACCAAUUCUCUAAAAUUCUCGUUACAGAUCAUCGGAAGUCUCGGCAGCAUAUCUGGUUUACGUCUAAAUAAGAAAAAAACCAAAGCAAUGUGGAUUGCCUCCUCAAAACAUAAAAAAACCCCAAAAUAUUGGAAUUUCACAGCAUAAAAGACCCCAUUAAAAUACUUGGGGCGCAUUUGUCGUACAAGGCAGACAAGAACAACGAUACCAACUUCUUCAGCAAGAUUCGUAAAAUGAAAACUAAACUGAAUCUCAGGCAAACGCGUGACCUUACGCUUUUUGGCAAAUCAGUUCUAGCCAAAACACUUGGUGCCUCUCAGUUAAUCUACACUGCUUCACUAAUGACUGUCCCUGAUGCAGUAACACGCGCCGCUCAAAGUCUCCUGUUCUCGUUUUUGUGGAAAAAUAAUAAAAAGAAAGAUAAAAUUAAGCGAAAUGUUGUAUGCCAGCCACUUGAAAACAGUGGCCUUAACUUCAUAAAUUUUGAAAUUAUGGCUAAAUCUUUGCGACUAGCCUGGAUAGCUAGACUGAUUAGCAACUCUGAUGAUAAUUGGAAGGCAAUACCGAAUUUCUAUUUCGACAAAUAUGGUGGCCUGCCCUUUCUUCUUAAGUGCAACUACAAUACUGCAACUCUUGACAACAAUCUACCUUUAUUCUACCGUGAGUUAUUAGAUUAUUUCCAACAACCAACGAAAUUGUCAGAAUACGAUAAAAACAAUGACCUCAUUCUUUGGAAUAACAGGAGAAUUACAAUAGAAAGGAAUAGUGUCUUCUGGAAACAAUGGUUUGAUCGUGGUGUUACUUUCAUUAGCAAUUUAAUGAACUCAAAUGGUAAAUUUCUAACCUUCGAAGAAUUUCAAAAUAGAUUUGAAAUUAAAGCUAACUAUUUGCACUAUUUUCAAUUAAUUGCUGCCAUUCCUCCAGAUUUGAAACGAAAGGCAUUUGGUUCCACGGUUCCUGAUCUGCUUGGAGCAACUUCAGAGUACUGUCAACUAGAAGAUAGAACAAUAGUCUUAACCAAAUUCCGUUGUAAAAAUUAUUACAGUCUGUUCAUCGAGAAGAUUAUUUCAGAACCCUCCGCAGUAAGGGCUUGGGAAAAAAGCUUUUCAGAAAUUCCGAAUUGGAGUGAUUGUUUUGCGAAUAUACAAGUCCUCGAAAUAUAAUAAGCUUAGACAAUUCACCUUUAAGGUUGUGCACAGAAUAAUCACGACAAAGAAAGAACUACUGAAAUAUAA